GGUAACACAACAAAACUCCCUUCAAGAUGUAAUGGAGAAAGCAUAUCACAACCUACAUAUCUCUCUUUCUCUACGAUUAUCAACACAGCAUAACCAUCACAAAUUUGUUGCCGUCACCAACCACCGCUGCAGCACACACCACCACCGCACGGUCCGCACCACCAUCACUAACGCAACACCGCCACCACCGCCGCACCACCACUAACGCACCACCGUAGCACCACCACCAAACCGUAGCCUUCAACUUUGUCACCACAUAUCUCUGGUUUCUUGAGCCACGACAUCUCCACCAAAGCAUCGCGUCUGAGCCGACCACAUCUAUGUCAUCACGGUCACCGCCACUACUUUCCUUGCCGCUACAGCCACCUCCUCGAUCCACCAAAGCACAUGUAAGUUAAGCAAGGGUUCUAGCAUCGUCAUCACACCACAUCACCGCUUCUCCCUCCGCCCUCUCUACUCUCUCCUCCCCAUGCUUGUUUUGGUCAUAGACCCGUAGAUAUGGAGCUCUAAUCGGAGUGGUCAACGGUGGAAGUUUGUUUUGCCUGUGUGGUAAAGAGUGGUGCUGCAGAUCGCCAAAAAGAACGCUGACAUUGGAGUAGUGUUGUAGUGGUCUUACCGUAUUAGGCUAGAGAAGGAGUUGGUAGAAUGAGUCCCAGUCAGCUUAUAACCAAUCAAAAUGUUCAAAAUUGAACAGUAAUUAUGUGAGGUGAAGUAAAUGUGUAAAUUAAUAUAGGGGAAAUCUAAUGAUUUCACACCCAGCGGAGCUUGAAUUCACGGUGGUGCUCGAGCCUAAAGUUGAUGAGAGCAACUUGAAUGAUGUCGUCCUACCUGAGGUCACCACCCUCGUGCUCCACGGUGGUGUGGAUCGUCUCGAAUCUUUCGCAAUCAAGAUGGAUCGUCCUAAAACGAAAGGAGAGGGAGUCGACGGUUCGUUUGUUCUCACCCGUAUAGGCUUGAAAGUGUUGUUGGAUUGUCCUCCAAAAAGGACCGCUCGAGCGCCUACCCUGCGUGUGGUGGCUCUAAGCUUCGACCCACGACUCGCAAAGUGCUAUAUCAUCUUCUUCGGUCCACGCAAUGACUACCAUCCUCGGUUUUUUUUGGUGAAGUGGAAAUGGUUGAGAGUAUCUAUAAAUUUGGGUGAGGUGGUGGAGUUUGUAAAAAAAAAAUAAUGAAGAAGUGGGUUGUAUUUAUAGUGUAAAACUAGAAUUUAAAAAAAAAAAAGUUAAGCUUUUUAAAAUUUUAAAAGUUAACCGUCAGGGUUAAACAGCUAACAUCCACGUCCAUUUACCAUAUGUUGCAUCGACGCCAAAAACUCUUCCAUGUCGGUGGAGAUUCCCCUGCCUAAUCAAUAACGAACGACGUUGAGAAGCAACAACGUCAUCUUUGAACGCUCCCACCGUAUGGUGUUACUGGUUCGGUUUUCAAAACCGGAAAUAAUUAUUUAGCUAGCUAAUGCAUGGAAAGGACUCAAGAGGCAACGGCCACCUAGCUAUUUUCUGACGGUUUUCAGACCAUUGAUGCUUCUUCAGUACACAACAAAUCUUUGCUUAUCAAAUCCAAAAAAUAUCCGAUUUUCUCCGACAACUUUAAUCGAUCACUUCCGGCAGUCUCGCUAGAGCAAAAACCCUAACGAUUCAAUUCGAACCUAGGGUUUUAGUACGUCAAACUCCUGCCUGCCUGCCUGGUAUACUCUUCUUAAGAUGACUGGAGUGAACAAGGAUACACCUCAGUCGAAGUUCAUGCUCUUUUGAACCAAGACGGUCAUCCCUCAGGGCUUGCUGUCGUUGAAUUUGGGAAAAAGUGGGAUGGAUUUUAUGUCAUGAUGUUUAUGAAGUCGUUUGAGGUAGACAAACAUGGCAGGAAAGAUUGGUUUGACGGGGAAAAGUGCAAAGGUGAUAGCUGUAUGCGUGGAUUGCAACCGAUGAAGAUUACAACGCUUAUGAUCUUGUUGGGGAAUUUCUUAGAAAAAAUGGUGAUUUGAAGACCAUCGCUGAUGUUCAAAGAGAAGAUGAAUCGGUGAUUCGUGGGUUGAAAACUAUGAUAGAUGAAAUGGACAAAAGAGCUGAAGAAAUGAAUAGUGAAAUAAGUAAAGUAGAUAUUCAGAUUGAAAAUGUUAUGAAAGAAAAAGAAAUUAUGACUGAAAACUUCAAUAAAGAUAAGAAAAUGAUACAAAAGAAGACUGAUGAUCAUCUUAAAGCAAUUGCAACUGAACAUGAACAGGCCAAGUGGCUGCUGGAUGAUCGUGAAAGGGGACUGAAAGCACGUGAAGUUCUAAAUGACUCUGAGAAAAGAAAGCUCAACGAUGAGAAAAAAAGAAUGGUGGAAACUUUGGAUCCUAAUAAGGCGGCUGAGAAAGUGUUGAAUUUAGCUAACGAUCAAAAGAGAGAAAUAGAAACACUUCACCAGAAAAUCGUCAGGCUUCAAAAGAAGCGUGACGAAAAGCAACGCUUGGAGCAAAUGAAAGGAGUGUUGGAAUUGAUGAUCUUGAGGCAAAGCGAAAGAAGGAAUCAAUUCAGAACGUUAUUUAAGAAAAAGAAGUGAAACUUAAUCGAGUACAACCCGAGUGGCAGAUGUCCGGUGCUAGAACUUUGGAACACGAUGGUUAAAUUAGACUGUUGUAUAACUUUUGAGGGUAGUUUAGACUUGAAGUUGUAGUAUUAACAAACACUUCAUUUGGGGGGUGUUGUUUUAGGCAUAACACUGGUUUUUCUCUAAACACCUUCUGGAAUUAUAAAUUAUAUGCGCAAUGCUAGUUCUAGA